AUGGGAGAUCAAAGCCUGACUCACAGUCAUGGGACGGCUGUGCCACCUGAAGUCGUGACUGAGAUGCUUCACACACCCUGGAGCGACGUCUACCGCAUCAGCCCAGAUGGCCAGAAGUACAUUUCACCACAAUGCCUUCUUGGCACCCCUGUGCAAAAGAUCACCGAAAACAGCGACUACUGGAUGCCGAGAUGGCUCUCUCUUGAAACCUACCUAGCACAAGAGGAAUCAGAAGAAAAGAAGAAGAGAGAUUCAAAGGAACGACUCCGACUCGACCCCCAUAACAAAGAUCUUGCUAAGAAACACAAGCUCCAUAUGGAUAAUGUGUCUAAACAGCGCAAGAUCCGCGAAAUUUUCGGCCAUGAUUCACCAUACCAUCCGAAUCAGCUGGUCUCCAAGCAUCACCUACCAACAGAUGGACUAUGUGAGCAAGAACUGAUGUAUAAGCUUGCUUGUAAGGUGUCUGACUUGCGAGUUCUGCGUCAUAAAGGGGAACUUGCCAUGGACCCCUGGGACUUCCUCCGUUGGCGUAUUGCAAAGAAGAUACAGUCGAUGUUCACAAUGUCUGCUCAGAGCGGCAGGGAUAUAAUCAAAAGAAUUAUAUUCAGCAUCUGUGAGGACUCAAGUUCAAAGAGCGCCUCUAAGGAUUACGAGGACCCCAAGUUGCGCGCUGCCAUUAUACGCUCAGCUGGCUACCAGGGCCGACUGGCCAGCUUCCGCAAGCCUGGGGACAAAAACAGGAUCACCAAGAUCAAGACCAACACAACCGGUAUUGGGCGCAUCACCCAGCGGCGCUCGAAAGUCCACCCAACUCCGUCGGCACUCAGUCGAGAGCCAGCUCUCAGUCUGUCUGAUAAGCGCCAGAAGAGGUCAGCUCAGCCGUCGACAUACGGAGGAGUGAACGCUUACCGAGCACAACAACAACAGAGGGAUAGCUCAAAGCUCUAA